AUGUACAUUCCGAAAGCCAGGGGUGGUCUUUCCACCCAGCUGGCACGUCCAUUUUGCAAAAGAAGCCUUCCAGCAAGUUCAAAAUGCCUUUCCACAAACACCCAGACACCCCGAAAAGAGGGCGACAUCUCUUCCGUCUUUGUCUCGCUAUCCGGCGACGGAAAGGCCGCACCACUCGAUGAACGGUUCGCAGAUCAGAAAAAGAAGUUGAUCGCAGGUCGCGGAGAUCAGCUUAAAAGGAGCUGGGACCGUCUCCUCUGUAAGCUCAGAGACGAGGUUGAGACCAUCGAACAGCGUGGGUCAGAUAUUAUCCCCAGUAUCAACUUCAACGAUAUCCAUGCCGCCCCGAGAUCUUUCCAUGAUGAGCUUCGGAAGCGAGGAGUUGCCAUCAUCCGUGGUGUGGUCCCAGAGGCAGAAGCUAGGGAAUACAAAGACGAAAUUGAAGCCUACGCACGGGCUAACCCGGGCACAAAAGCCUUCCCACCAAAUGAUCCCCAGGUGUAUGAGCUGUACUGGUCUCGCCCUCAAGUUCGAGCCCGCUCCCACGCCAACAUGCUCGAGACACAGCGAUUUCUCAUGAGCUUCUGGCAUUCAUCCGAAUCAGACGCCAUGAUCUCCCCCGUGCAUCCAGUCACCUAUGCAGAUCGUCUGCGAAUUCGUCAACCCGGGGAUGCUGGAUUCGCACUAGGUCCUCACACCGAUGCUGGAAGCGUUGAGCGCUGGGAAGACAAUGGCUACGGCUUGGGUCAAGUCUAUCAACGAAUCUUCGAGGGGCAUUGGGAAGAGUACAAUCCUUGGGAAGCUAGCUGCCGUCUUCCUGUGAUGUCAAACCUCUACGAUGGUGCUGGAGCCUGUUCCAUGUUCCGCAUGUUCCAAGGAUGGUUAAGUAUGUCUCAUACUGGGCCGAACGAAGGAACUCUUCUUGUUAACCCUCUUCUCUCAAUGGCGACUGCUUAUAUACUCCUCCGCCCUUUCUUCGUGCCUAUCAAUCAGCCCCCAGCCGAUGGGAGCUCUCGCAUUGCGAUUGAUACCUUCUUGGAGCCGUCCAACUGGCAACUUGAAGAAAAACCCUCUAGCAAGUUGGAGGGUGCUACACCGGGGUAUUCGCAAGAGCUGAACUCGGUCCUUCACCCCCACCUUGAGCUUCAGAAGACGAUGGUUCACGUUCCCCAGAUCGGACCGGGUGACUAUGUUGCCUGGCACUGUGACACCAUCCACGCUGUUGACAAGGUCCACAAGGGGAAUGGAGACUCGAGCGUGUUGUACAUUCCUGCCUGUCCAGUCACGGAAGCAAAUAUUGAAUACGUCAAACGCCAGAAGAAUGACUUCCUGAAGGGCAUUCCCCCGCCUGACUUUCCCGGUGGUACGGGUGAGAGUGAACAUAUCGGCCGUGCCACUGUUAAGGAUCUUCAAAACUACUCGAAUGAGCAGGCUCUGCGUGCCUUUGGAUUUGGCAAAUGGAAUGCCGAAGAGGAAAAUCUCAACCACGGACAGCGACGUGUCUUGAAAAAGGCCAACGAAAUCCUUGGCCUGUAG